CGAUCAUCGUCUUGGUCUUCUCACAAUCUGGUUCAGAUCCGAACCCAGAAUCAGUCAUCCCGAAGAAGAGGCGGAGGGUGGUGUGCCCACAAAAAGCAAUGUUUUUCUGUGGAGUAGCUGUCCGCUGAGGAGUUAUCCAUUCAGCACGCCGCCAUCACGUUUAGUCGGAGUGCAGCUUCCAGAGAUCGGCCCAGUGCUGUUGAAUUCGCACAUUCAUUUUCUCACUGGCACCAUUUCAAGGUUGGGAACGUCUGACUUCCUCUCCCACUUGAGUGUGCAGUCAUGGCUGAAGUAUUACAACUUCGCCAGCAGUUGCGCCGUGAGCGCCUGCUGCUCGCGGAGGAGAAGCGCCAGAUCGAGAAGCUCUCGGAAAACAUCGGCACGCUGGCGGACAAGGCCUUCCAGGCCUCUUGGCGAGUGCGUCAGCAGUACAGAAGUGUAGAUCUGCUGAGUUCGUCACAGAUGAACACGCAGCACUGCGCAGCGCGGAUGUCCCAGGCGGAAGGCGCCGCGUUCGUCCGCACGUUCGACCCGUCCACGGACCAAGGCCGCUCGGGCACCGUGGACAGCUCGACAUCUCUCGCGAACAACGCUGCCAGCAGCACGACAACCAAAAACCUGCAGCCAGUGGCAGGUUUGAAUCAGCUGGGAGAGCUGCUGAGCUUGCUUCGUGCCCACCCCGAGGUGCUGGCACGCCUGCUGGUGUUCACGAACAACAGCAAGAUGGACGUGCGCAGCGUGGUUGAGGUUAUCAUGCACGGCGUGUUCGCCAACUUUCUCCUGCCGCAGGACGAGCGCUCGGUGCUGAAGCUGAUGGAGCGCACGCUGGCCAUGCAGCUGCGUGGCACGGAGGACCCGCGGCGCAUCCUGCGCGGCGUGUCCAGCUGCUUCACCGUCCUGUUCAACACGUUCAUCGAGGGCUACUACCCUGCUCACGUGUACCUCUCGGAGACGCUCGGCGAGGUGAUCAAACAACUCGCCAUGGACGACGACCGCUACUUUGAGUUCGAGGUGCCGAAGCUGGCAGCACGAUUUACCGAGGCGAAACGCGAGCAGCUGUUCACCGUGGACAUGAAGCCAAAGACGGACAAGGUGCAGCGCUUUCUGGACACGGCCACGUACAAAGCGGCCGGUUACUGCCGCCAGAUAUUCGAGGCGUUGACGCUGCGCAUGACGUCGCUGCCGAACGGCCUGCACUGGCUCCUGAGCAGCGUGUACGCCAACAUGUGCACACAGACGAAGAAGGAAGCGGACGCCAAGCUGGUCAUUGCCGACCUGUUCUUCGGACAGUUCAUCUGCCCGGCGAUCGCUAAUCCCGAGGCUCACAUUCUGAGCGAUGCCACCGUGCCCAUAUCGGACCAUGCACGUUACAAUCUCACCCAGAUAGCGCGGGUGGUGCAGAAUGCGUGUACGACGGCCAUCACCGGCACCCGACCCAAGGAGCUGGCGGCCGUCCUGGAAGAAGUAGAGGUGGGUCCAGCCACCACUCUGCUCAAUCAGCUGACACACGCCGGUGGUGGUAAAGGUCAGGGUCCACCGGAGCUGUGCACCAGUGAACACGAGGACUUCUUGACACGCAAUAAUGUGUUCAUGUCCGAGGGACAGGUGCAGUGCUUGCUGUCUGCCCUGCAGAAGGCAUCUCUCCCGCUAACAAUGGCUGGUGUGCCUGCCCGAGUAACAACGCUCAUCGGCGAGCUGCAUGAUUCAUGCUCACUGCUGCAUAGCAAUACACCCUCGUCUCGUUCACCGGCCGUGGAACGCUCUGAAGUGUCCAAGUACAACUCCUUGCCGGUCAAGAUGGAUGGGAAGUCACCGCUGCGGCUUGAUCCAAAGUCUGCUGGCAAGAAGAACAGCAAGGUAGAACCUAAACUCCGCAACAGUCCGUCAAACGUAUCGCUGUCUGCGUUGGAUGAGAACGCGGAGAGCCAUGAUGUUCUUGUCAUACCGAUUCACUGCGCACAAGCGUGCGGCCACGUGCAGCUGCAGUCGAUGAAAACGGUUCUGUAUCGAUUCCAAGGCCAGUCGUUGCAAGAUCUGACACCAUCCAAGUCAUUCCAGCUGGCCCAGCAGCAGCAGCAGCAACAACAACAACAACAACAACAACAACAGCAAGGGAUUGCAACAAGCGCAGAGCCGAGUAGCCACCAUGCCACGUCCACAUUGUCGCCCACCACCCGUCCGCGGCAGUCGCUUUCCGGCGUACCUGUCACCGCCACAUCGUCCUCCACGGCAGGUCCCGCCGCAGCCCCGGCGUCCGCCCUGUCUUCGUUCAAGAUGAAGACGCGGCCUCGCUCGCGAUCGCGCACGAGUACUGCGUCCAGCAUCGACGAACCCAGCCCCGGCGUGCUGGACAGGAGGCGCACUUCCUCAGAGCCGCCUCACCCCAUGGUGCCGAUCAGCAUGGAGGUGGAAUCGGCCAAGGUCAGCGCCUGUGUCAGCGAAAACGACUUGGCAGAAAGUCCCGGUGAAACGGACGAGGCGACGCAAGAAAUCUACGCACGCCUGCCGCCAGUGAAGAGCGCCACCUCGCACGGCUCGUACGGUUCCCUAGACGACCGGCGCGGAGUGUUUCACUCGGACAGCGGAGAUCGACGGCACAAGCUCACGCACAGCAUGUCGGACGGCGUUGGCAUGAUCCUGAUGUCGCGGCAAACGAGAGAACCGCACACUCCGUCGCCGUCGACCAGACGUCACGGCUCGUUGGGGUUCCCCGAACCGUCCGGGUACGUGGAUGUGGGACUCAUCCUGGAGCGAGCCACCCAUACCAAUGCCCAGCGACAUAGCAGCUCUGAACUGCGCAAGUUCAGUAGCAACAGCACCUUUGAGCAAGAGGACAGUGACGGGUACACACGCGUGCGCUCUCCCAGCUCCAGUAUGGAGCCUCUUCAACUUGCUGCUGGCGAUGAUAAACCGCUGCCAGCCCCACCGCUACCCCCUCACAGCAAACCUCUACUCUUCGACCUGGCUGGGGAACGAUCCGAGAGCUCCAAAGACAUCGCAAAGGACGUUGCUGCCGUUACGCCAAAAAAGGGAAGUGGGCGGAAGUCGCCGUUUCGGCGAUCUGGAAGCACGCAAACGAGCUCCAGCAUGAAAGCCAGCACCAGCACUAGCAGUGUGAACGCGGACUCGGGCAGCCCGUGCACGCCCAAAACGAGCCGUCUGUCCAUGGAGAGCAUCGGCAGCGGCUCGCCACUUAAGUCUCGCCGCAGCCGCGGAGUACACGUCAGUGACACGUGCGAUAUCGAGAAGCGCGACAGGCCACCAGCACCAUUGCCUGAGGGGCGGGUUGAUCAUGGCAGCGCGAUGCCCCCAUCGCCUUCGCCACGUCUGACCCGUCAGGCAUCCGUCGACGGCGCGCCCAACGCAGGCCGUUCGGAAACGCCACCCGUCUCCAACGGCACGCUGCAGAACAGUGUAGAGUCUGCCGGCGGCGGUAGUAAUAGUACUGCUGCUGAUGGUGGUGCUGGGUAUAGUGCGACGGCCAGCCCUGUCUCUGACCGCAGUUCAGUGGCGGCCUCGUCGUCGGCCGCCGGUAUUCGCCGCCUGUCCUCCGCCCUGUCCUUGAAGGUGCGCCGCAAGAGGGGCACUCGCGGCGAGGAGAGAAGCACCCUGGCCGAGGUGGCCGUGUCUCCGCUCCCCGAAGCGGAGUCUGCCAAGAGCAGCAUGGAGCGUGCUGCGUCACCUCUGGACGCACGGCCGGCAAUGGCCGACUCCCCGCCCCCGCCAAGCCCGCUAUCGCAUCCCUCUCCGCUCGUCGACAGCUCCAUUAGCGGCGGCGUUGGGGAAUCCGGUUCAAAGGCAUCAUUCUGGAAGGCCUCAAGGCUAUCUAACUUUGUGGCAAGCAGACGAAAGCCUAACUCCUUCAACUCACCGCCGCAAAGCAUCUCUCCAGUGGAGGAUGCAUCGCCGUCAGCUAGCAGACCUCGUCACAUUACUCCAUCUCCGGGCGGCGAAGUGGCAGACGGGCAGGCUGACAGCUCUGUCUUGGAUGACAUCACUGCAAAGUACCAGCGUCUGGCUGAGGCUGAGAAGACAAAGCGAGAGGAGGAACAGAACACGGUCACAGAUGGUGUUCAAGCGGAAGACUCUACGGAAGCCGUGCGCAUGAAGCAGGCCGAGAACGAGGCCAUCUUCUAUCAAGCUAAGCGACAGCUUGAGUUAUUGCUCUCCGAGCCGCCGGUCAGUGGAGUUGCGCAAUACGCCAGCACAGUGGAAGAGCAGUACUCUGAGCUGCGAUUACCCGUGCAUGCACCAAGCAGGAUGGUGGUAAAGACACUGCUGCAGGAAGAACUGGACUCGGCUCACUAUUGGUCAGAGGAUGAGAAGGCCAUCGAGACACGCGACACGCUGAAUCUGAUCGGAAAACUCGGCCAAGAACAGCUGGACCAGAUGCUACAGGAGUUGGCAAAGGAAUGUCGGCAGAGAUCAUUCUAUGCGGCGUACUUGUUACAGGUUAAGCAUGGACUGGUGGCUGCUGCUAGUUACCUGGAGAACAUGUCCAAACACAUCCAGCGGACCCAGUCGACUGUGCAGCUGCUGUUUGCAUCGUCGUGUGCGCGCAGCUUUGUGGAGAAGCAUUCUAGCACCAUCGAUGCAUUUGUAGAGGACUUUAACUCCCUGCAGAUGGUGGAUGAAAAGAGUGUUGCCGUGGAGGACUUCCUCUCUGAGCUGUGUAGUCAACUUGACGAUGAGACCGUCUGGAGAGGCAUGUCAGAUGACGAGUGGCAUUCCGGGCAGUUGGCCGUCGAGCGGUACUGCUUUGGCAGGAUUUACCGCAGUGCAUUCUGGCCGAACGGCGAGACCGACAAGCUGCGAGACAGGCUGAUCCGCGAACACAUUGAGAGCCUGACAAAGUCCAUCACCGUCUUCCACAAGUCACUGCAGAUUGCACCGAAAUACUGCGGCCAAGCUCCCUGGCCAGCGGCGGUGACCAUUCUCAAGCAGCUGUGUCGCUACAAGGCGCCCGUGGACAAACUGAACGUUGUGUCUGACUGCGCUCAGUGCAUCAUGCUGCUCCUGUCGCGCGCCAGUCGCUACUCGACGCUAAGCAAGCACCACGACGACGGCGUGGACGAGGCGGAGAUCGAGCACUCGGUGCCGGGCGCCGACGAUCUGUUUCCCGUACUGGUCUACGUGAUCAUCCAGGCCAAUCCCCUCGCACUGCUGUCCACUGUGGCCUACAUCGAGAACUACCACCGCUCUCGCAUGCAGGGCGAGGCGUCCUACUGGUGGGCGCAAUUCCAGAGCGCCGUCGAGUACAUUAAGACGCUGAAGAUCGACGCGUGAUGCGGCACGAAUCCAACCCCACUGAGGCGCGACACGUCGAGUAUGCAGGCACACGAGCGGGCAAAUCGUAUCACCUCAGCCAUAGUUCUUCUUCACAGGUCAAUGCUUGCCCUGUGCAGUGCUCCCGUUGGCAGAUCAGCAUGGAACAGACAAGUGUGUGUGUGUGUGUGUGUGUUCGUUGAACUUCACAGGGUGCUAUAUCCCUGUGUGGUAUGGGCCACUACCGACAGCACUACCCAUGUGAAUGUUAUGUGUACAAGAAUGCCGCUAUGGUUGCCCUCGUCGCUAUGGUUGCCCUCGUCAGAAUCUGGCAGCACUAGUGGAGUUCGGUGACCAGAGCAGUCCGAGGUUUUGACCCCGUGCUACCCCACUAUGGGGUUUGUCUUCAAAUGAUUGUGGCGAUGCUAACUUAUUCUUGUGUAGACGCAACAUGCCCCCCCCCCCCCCGUACACACACACAAACAAGCAUGCACACAAACAAGCAUGCACACACACACACACACACACACACACACACACACGAAUGCCGCAGGCAUGCUCAAAGAAGCGUGGUCAGGCACGUACGCACAAGUGAGAAGAAUUGAACACCUGCUACUGAGGUGUGGUGUUUUUUCAAGGCCCAACAACGUCUAGGCUCAAGAGCAACCUAUUUUUGAUGAUUUUUUAAUCUCAUUCAUUUUUUGAACCACUGUACUAGAACAUUCUAAUUUUGUUCUAUUUUUGUUCUAUUUUCAAAUAUAUGGCGUGGGGUUUUAAAACUUCGAAAAUAUUUUUGAUUUGAAUGUCCUUGCACGCGUACCUCCAUUUUCAAUCCGAAUGGUGUGUGACGAUUGCUCUCGCCAUUCUUUUUUGAAGAUAUUCUUUAGGCUUGCUUCCGGGGAACACUUCUAUAUAAUGCAUGGCUUGCAGUGCACCCGGCUGCCCCAUAGUACACAUCCAGCUGGUGCGUUUUGAUAUGCAGCAUUCUUUCCGCACUGUUCAGCCGCAGACAUACUGCCCAUUGUCCUGCAUCGCCCGAUUUGUCCACGGUCCUUUUACGUUUUCCUCUUUCUCCUCAUUACAUUUUCACUAUGUGCCGUGCUCGAUUACAAUCAUCCAUGACGACUGUUGCAUGCCACUCCAGUCUUCUGGCUAUGCAAUUAACCAGA